AUGAAUAACUCCCAACAACAUUCUAUUCGCUUUGCCAAGAAGCAGGUUUCGAGGAAGAGAGCGACAAAGGCAUGUCUCAAAUGCCGAAAGCGCAAGGUCAGGUGUGAUGUCACCCGCACCUCGACACCUUGCACCAACUGUCGACUCGAUGGUUGCGAAUGCGUCGUUGCUCGUCGCGCAGAUGCUUUCCCCGAGUCAAAUGGCCCCGAGUCUAUCGCCUCAAAUGACAUCCUACGCGAUUGCGAGGCCGUUACAACGGCCGAAUCACCAGCUUCCAGCAAUGACAACCCGUCAUGCCCCAUCGAAGAGGCUUCUUCUGCCCUAUUAAACCUCGAAGAAAGCGAAUACAAAUCACCACAUCAUCGCGACCGGGCAGAUAUCGCUACACCAAUUAACCAGACGCCCGACAAUCCAUUCGACAUCGAGCGCAUAGAGGAAUUAACACCAGCAUCUUUCCAAUCCGCUUCAUCAUUCGUUUCAAAAGAAAGUCUCCAAACUCUUGGCUUCUCAUCCAUUCUUCAAGCAAAGGAGUCUUUUUACACAAAGGCCAAACUAUUAUAUGACUUCUCCACCGACCCCGACCCCGUCUCUAUCGCACAAGCUGCACUCCUCCUUACAUACUGGUGUCCGACCUUCCGCUCCGGCCCUCGAAAGGCAAACAGCAGAUGGCUAAGAAUAGCGAUCCAGCACGCCAAGUCCUGCGGGGCUCAUCAAUACGAAAUGCCCACCUCGGGGCUGACCGUCUCGCAGCAGGAUAUGAAGCGACGAAAUGUCCUCAAGCGUGUCUGGUGGUGCUGCAUUAUCCGCGAUCGUAUCAUGCCGAUUUGUGUGAGAAGGAAUAUUCAGAUCUCAAGUUCGCACUUUGACUUUUCUUCUUGCUCACCAUUGGGAUAUGACGAUUUGGUGGAUGAGCUUGAGUCGUCGCGCGUUUAUAAUAUUGCUACCAAGCACAAACUUAUUCUUGCUUUGGAGAGACUUACAGAGUUGUGUGUUACAUUGACCGACAUUCUCAGUUUGGUCUAUCCAACUGAAAGUAUACCGAUAUUGGACGCCGAGGCACAUUCGUCGGCUUAUGUGCAGGUACAAGAGCACAAAAGGUCCUUGAGGUAUUGGGCUACGGCUACAAGACCACCUUUGGCCCUCAAGGAUCUUACACAAAACGCUGGACCACAUGAAGAUUCUGCAGUGCUAUUUACCAACCUCGUCUGGAUCUACUUCCACGCGAGCCAAGUGGCCCUCUGCAAUUACGAACUUCACCUCGGCCUUGUCCUGGGCCUCAUCACACAGAGACCCAAAGAAACACAAUUCCUUAAAAACAACAGACGAGAUUUGAGAAGCGCUACGAAAGCCAUAGCCGAAUGCUUUGCCCGCUUGCAUCCACACCGUUUAACACGCUGGUUACCGAGUAGCGCAGUAGCAUGUACAGCACUCCCACUCGCAAUGCACAUGGUGGAUAUUAAAAUGUCCGCGGCCUCUUCCGCUGCCGAGAUUUGGUCCCGACCAGACGUUGCUUCGAAACAGUCACGGCUGAAUGUUCUCAUCCAAGUGUUCAGAGAACUACAUCCCAAAUAUGACGGCGUGCAUUCUAUUUCCAAGACAAUUCGGUAUUUUAUGGAAUGUGUUGGUGUCAAUGAGCCCACACAGAUGAUGAUCACAAACGACCAGAGCGAUGUCCUCGCACGAAGCCCUGCCCAGUAUCUACGGCUUGCUUUGACAAUCGACGUGUGCCUCAGCCAAGACCGUCUCGUACAAGACAGCGACUUUCCCGCUGCUCUGAGACGUUACGUCAACAUGAAUCAAUCCCUCAUGCCCAUACUUCUGGGCCAACCCAGCAUUCCCAUACCUAUGCAAAUGACACGGCCAGUAGUGUUGCCCCGUCCAGCAUCGCCUCGCCCGUUAUCGCCUAACACUUAUGCAAAAAGCUUUUCGCGAUGGAUGGAGGAUGAUCCGACGGUCAGCUUCGCCCUUCAGAUGGGAAUCGACGUUGGCACACGACCCCAGGUUGUACAGGAAGUCACUGCAAGGGCGCAGAAGGCGUACUCGGAUAGCACUGAGGAGACUGAAACGUCACCCUCUGACAACUCGCAGGUUGACAGUUCUCAGGGAGAGGAUGAGCAAGUCGAUGAGACUAUUGAUAGGACGAGUGAUGCCCCCAUAGCGGGUAUGACGGAAGAUCUGCUGCAGCGUCUACAAGGCGCGAUAAAUUGGGCUCAGAACGACCAGUCCCUCUCUUUUGCGCAGGAUGUUGGUUUGUUUCCAGAGGGUAUGUGGUUGAACCAGGGAUAUUUGUAA